CUUUCCUCUUCUCCUUCUAUAACCCUAGCAGGAUCUGCAGAGAGGAAAGUUCACGGAGAGACAGAAAAGAAACAAUGGCGGAAACUUUGAUCCUCAAGGGGACGAUGAAGGGUCAUUCCGAUAUGGUGACCGCCAUCGCCACUCCGAUCGACAACUCCGACAUGAUCGUCUCUUCCUCCCGUGACAAAUCGGUCCUUGUCUGGCACCUCACCAAGGAAGAGGGCAUAUACGGUGUCCCACGCCGUCGUCUCACUGGUCAUUCUCACUUCGUACAGGACGUGGUCCUCUCGUCUGAUGGUCAGUUUGCUCUCUCCGGCUCCUGGGACAGCGAGCUCCGUCUAUGGGACCUUAAUACCGGAGCCACCACUCGCCGCUUCGUCGGCCACACCAAGGAUGUUCUCUCUGUGGCAUUCUCGAUCGACAACCGUCAGAUCGUCUCUGCGUCUCGUGACCGCACCAUCAAGCUAUGGAACACCCUUGGGGAAUGCAAGUACACUAUCCAGGACGCCGAUAGCCACACUAAUUGGGUGAGCUGCGUCAGGUUCAGCCCCAAUACGUUCCAACCCACCAUUGUUUCUGGAUCGUGGGACCGCACUGUGAAGGUUUGGAACCUCACCAAUUGCAAGCUUCGUUGCACAUUGGCCGGCCAUGGAGGUUACGUUAACACGGUCGCAGUGUCUCCUGAUGGUUCGCUGUGUGCCAGUGGUGGCAAGGACGGUGUCACACUGCUAUGGGAUUUGGCAGAAGGAAAGAGGCUUUACUCGCUUGAUGCUGGCGCUAUCAUUCAUGCUCUGUGCUUCAGCCCGAACAGGUACUGGUUGUGUGCAGCGACGCAGGACAGUGUUAAGAUUUGGGAUCUGGAGAGCAAGAGCAUUGUCCAGGACUUGAAGCCCGAGGCAACCCAAGGGAAGAAUCAGAUGUUGUACUGCACAAGCUUGAGUUGGAGCUCCGAUGGCAGUACACUCUUCACUGGGUACACAGAUGGUUCAAUCAGAGUUUGGGGAAUUGGCCGUUAUUAGGAGCUUAUUUUGUCAUUGAUAUGAGAGAAUCCUCAUUAUUCUAGGGUUUGAAGGCAUACUUAUUUUUUUUUUCUAUUUUGUCCUUUGGUAGAACUUGUAGGGGGGAUGAAUCUUUUGGAUAUCCUGUUUCUAGUUGAAUUUUGAAUUCAAAAAUGGAUUGUUCCCAUGAAGCC